CGUCUGCUCCCGGCCGGCGGCGACUCGGAGCUAGACUCGCAGCAGGACCGGCCGCUCGCGGAGCCGGAGCCCGGCGCCGCCGCGAUGUUCCCCCGAGAGACGACGUGGAACAUCUCGUUCGCGGGCUGCGGCUUCCUCGGCGUGUACCACAUCGGCGUGGCCUCCUGCCUCCGCGAGCACGCGCCCUUCCUGGUGGCCAACGCCACGCACAUCUACGGCGCCUCGGCCGGGGCGCUCACGGCCACGGCGCUGAUCGCCGGGGCCUGCCUGGGUGAGGCUGGUGCCAACAUCAUUGAGGUCUCUAAGGAGGCCCGGAAGCGGUUCCUGGGCCCCCUGCACCCCUCCUUCAACCUGGUGAAGACCAUCCGUAGCUGCCUGCUGAAGACCCUGCCUGCUGACAGCCAUGAGCACGCCAGUGGGCGCCUGGGCAUCUCCCUGACCCGCGUCUCGGAUGGUGAGAAUGUCAUUAUAUCCCACUUCAACUCCAAGGACGAGCUCAUCCAGGCCAACGUCUGCAGCACCUUCAUCCCUGUGUACUGCGGCCUCAUCCCUCCCUCCCUCCAGGGGGUGCGCUAUGUGGACGGUGGCAUUUCAGACAACUUGCCACUCUAUGAGCUGAAGAACACCAUCACAGUGUCCCCCUUCUCGGGCGAGAGUGACAUUUGCCCGCAGGACAGCUCUACCAAUAUCCACGAGCUCCGGGUCACCAAUACCAGCAUCCAGUUCAACCUACGCAACCUCUACCGCCUCUCCAAGGCCCUCUUCCCACCCGAGCCCAUGGUGCUGCGAGAGAUGUGCAAGCAGGGCUACAGGGACGGCCUGCGCUUCCUGCGGCGGAACGGCCUCCUGAACCAGCCCAACCCCUUACUGGCACUGCCCCCUGCCCACCCCCAUGCCCCUGAGGACAAGGCCGAGGAAGAGGCGGCAGAGGGGGCCCAAGUGGAGGAUCACCUGCAGCCUCCUGGGGAAGAUCACAUCCUGGAGCACCUGCCCGCCCGGCUCAAUGAGGCCCUGCUGGAGGCCUGCAUGGAGCCCAAGGACCUGCUGUCCACGCUCUCCAACAUGCUGCCCGUGCGUCUGGCCACAGCCAUGAUGGUGCCCUACACUUUGCCUCUGGAGAGCGCCGUGUCCUUCACCAUCCGCUUGCUGGAGUGGCUGCCCGACGUUCCUGAGGACAUCCGGUGGGUGAAGGAGCAGACCGGCAGCAUCUGCCAGUACCUGGUCAUGCGCGCCAAGAGGAAGCUGCGCAGCAGCCGCCUGUCCGCCAGGCUGUCGGAGCAGGUGGAGCUGCGCCGUGCCCAGUCGCUGCCCUCGGUGCCGCUGUCCUGCGCCGCCUACAGCGAGGUGCUGCCCAGCUGGAUGCGCUACAACCUCUCGCUGGGGGACGCGCUGACCAAGUGGGAGGAGUGCCAGCGCCAGCUGCUGCUGGGUCUCUUCUGCACCAACGUGGCCUUCCCGCCGGAUGCCCUGCGCAUGCGCGCGCCCGCCGGCCCCACCCCCGCGGACCCCGCACCCGGGCCGGGCCUGCCCCCUUGCUGAGCGGCUCUGCGGAGUCCCCCGGCCCCCUGGGAUCCGCGGGCUGAGCACCUGGCCCCGCAACAUUUCUGCCCUGUGAGUCGGGCGGGGGCUGGCCGAGACCCGAUCCCAGCCCUCCCCCCCACCCUCUGCGGAGUGAGGAGAUGGCCCCUCGCAGCUGCAAAGAGGGGGCUUUGCCUUGAGCCACUCACUCGCAGCGGGGGUUGGGAGGCUCGGAGUACCUUCGCCUCGGCCACGGAGGCCUCACCUGUGCCUUAACCAGUGCAGUGCUACUCCUGAGAACUUUGCACCUGCUCCUCCCUCCCCAUUUUUCACGUUUUGCUGAAGACUGUGUGUUAAGAUUUAUUUAUUUUCGCCAAAGCAUAUGUAAUAAAUGCCACAGCUCA